ACAUACUGCUAGGUUGUGCAAGGUUCUGGAGAAGUUACAUUCACGGAACAUCAGUGAUGGAUCUUCUACCAUUCUGAGGAUUUUUAUUUAGUAAAACUGAUUUAAUAUUGAGUUCAAGUCUACAGUUGUUUGUUUUUUUUUGUUGUUGUUUUUUUUUAAAUUCGUGGUUCAGUUGAAGAGGGUUGUGUUUGCAGUUCCCGUGGAGGUUGUUGAAGCGACUGAACUGGAGUGAUGGAGUACAUGGAUCUCCUCUUCUACCAUGGUCCCAUCACCAGAGAACGUUGCGAGGAGAUCCUGUCUGCGAAGGGAAAAGAUGGAUCGUUUCUCAUCCGGGAAAGCGAGACCAUCCAUGGAGCUCUGUGCCUCUGCGUCUUCAAAAAGAAAGUGGUGUACACAUACAGGAUCCUACAAACUCAUUCUGGAUAUUACACUUUACAGAGCAGUGCAGGGGUACAGGAGAAGUUUUUUAAGACGCUGGAAGAUCUUGUUCGUCACUAUAAGAAGAGAAAUCAGGGUUUAGCAAAUCGUCUACGUUACUCUGUGAAGAGGAAACAAACAGAUCAGGAAUCUGUGAUCAGUAACGAUGAACCAGACUACGAGAACGUGGAUGUGACUGAUGAUUAUGUUGAGGUGCUGCCAGACGAUUGAUUCUUCUGUACUGUAAUUUUUUUUUUAACCCAAUUUUUUCACCGAUAUCCUCAAGCUUUCAGGAGCCAGAAACAAACAGCGGGUUUAAAAUGAACUGCGGGUCAUGAGACGAACUUUUAAACAACUCUCGUGUUUAGUCUUUAAGACUCAUCGUUGUUCCUCCUGUUUAAACCAGUGCAAACAUAAUAUAUCAAAUUAAUUGUGAAGUUAAAAAUACUGGAAUCAUUCUCAUUUGAUAGCUGCUUUGUCUAAAAAUGUGCAUCGGGUGAAUAAAUGUAAAUGUUGUAAACUUGAA